CGCACAAAACCUCUCUGCAUAUGCCGGUCUCGCAUCCACCCACACACACCGAUGUAUGUAUAUAAACCACUCAGUCCCCUCGCCAUUCUGCCUUAUCCACAUGUUCCUUCCUCUCUCCUCAUUGGCCGCCAGCUGUGACUGGCACUCUCCGGCCACCCAUCGCGGCCGCAGCAGCUGAGGGGAGGCCCUGGCUGGGCGGUUGGUCCGCCCUCGGCCGACCGCGAGUGGCCUUGGGCUUCACGGCAGAAGCCGACUUUUCCUCAGGCGCCUGCUCUUCAUGUGGCAGAACACGGAACGUCUGAUGCAGCACCACAUACACCACAACACGCGGUCUGCACCUGCACAGCGCUGUGGCGGCCUCUCUCAGCUCAGAUACCUUGAUGUGUGGUGCGAUAGCCUUGAGGCCCCCCCUGUAGCGCAUGUGCAGCGGGGACGGCCGCGAACAGAACUCCUCAAACAGCGUGACCCUCUCGUCAACAGGGAGCAGCCGUGUGGCCUCCCCCCUCCCGGCCUUCUCACGCACAUGGUGCGGCAGGUGCGGGUGCAGCAGACGGUCGAACAGAUGGGGCAGCGUCAGCGAGUCGAUGGCCGAGUAGCGCACCUGGUCUUUACUGAGCGGGCGGAAUCCCCAUGAAGAGCACUGCUCCGUCUUGUCCAGAGUGUGGCCGAGGAUGGACCAGCAGGCGCCUUUCAGACCUUUGAUUGCCGUCUUGGGCAGACCAAUAGUCUUGGCCGCUGACCUGCACACGUGCACAUGAACCGAGAGAUGAGAGAGAAUGCACGGCCGGCUGGCUCCUUUGUUCUCUUGGGUGCCUGCCGGUGUUUCACUCACUUGGACAGCUCGUGAAGGUCGACCAGUUUGUUGAGCCGCUUGAAGCACGACAUGUGGGGAUAAGACGCCGCCAGACGACGGACCUGCCACACAGGGAGACAGACACAUGUGCCCACAGAAAGGCAGCACUUGGUGUGUGGGUGCCCUUACGUCUCCGGCGCAAGAGUAGCCAACUUUGAGGAUGCCAUAGGAUCGGAACAGCUCGCCCAGCACCUUGUCGAGCGCCGCCUCCCUCUCAGUCAAUGUCACACCCUGACAUCCAGCACACAAAAUAAGACACACACAACAGCCGCCGUCAAUCACGCCACCCGCCCACACAGUAGUCCUGCCCACUCGCUUCUUACCUCCUGCUGCUGAUCGUCGCCGGACGGCGAGUCCCCGUUGCCGUCUCGCUGCUGCUGGUCGACCCCAAUGUGCCUGUCCACCCUCUCAUGGUGCUCAGUCAGCACCGGCGGCUCAUCGGCACCCUCUCCCUCGGUCUGCCUCGUCUUCUCCCGGUCCCUCUCCCGAUCUCGCUCCACCUGUGCCUUAUCGCGGCACCACCAUAGCAUGUCGAUGACCCACGCCUUGUCCCUCGUCGCCAGGCUGAGGACGGCAACCCUCUCAGGGUUGGCCAUCCGGUGCUCGUGCACCCAAUCGGACACUUGGGGGGCGUCCCAUAGCACAGCGGGGGGCAUCGGCGUCCGCUUGCUGUGCGUGAGGAAGGUGGGCUGCCACUCGGCGUCGAAGCCGACGCAUGAGGGGAGCCGGAGGGCCGUGUGUGUGAGCGAGUCGUUGAAGGGCGCCAUCUGGUCUGCAUCGUGGAAGCCGUUGGCGUGUCUCUCGCUGUGCCGCGUGCCGGUGCUGGUGAAGUUGGCGAGAGGAAACCCCUCUUUGCGCUCGGCUCGCAGGUCGGCCCUCAUCUGGCGCAGCUUCUGGAAGCUGUCAACGACCACGACGGCAUCGUCCGUGAGACCCAGGUGCCCCAGCGUGAGGAACUCAUCCUCUCCGCUUUGCUCAUGCAACAGCAUCGGCAGCUGCAGAUGGUCGUGAGCAUUGGCAUGUGGAGGCCGUCCCUGACCCUCCUCCAGGCCCCUAGUUUCCCUGUCCGCUGCCACUGCGUCGGCAAAGAACCCCUGGCCACCAAACGCCGCCAAGAGGUCGGGGUCUUCGCUCUUCACUUGUCGCUCGGCCCUCGCUGCCGCAGCCGCCCUUGCUGCUGCUGCCGCUGGGCCCCACUCCUGCUGCGGAGCCCGCUGCUGCCGUCUUGCUGCUGGCACGACAGGGGGUCCACGGGGGAUGGAACCGGGGGCUGGGGAUGAGACGGGUGGUGCCUCGUCUGCCGGUGUCACAGGUUCGUCCUCAUCCGUGACCGACAGAUCGGCUUCGACGUCUUUGAGUAUCUCGCAGCUGACGCAUAUGACGUCGAGAGCUGGAGAGGACGACGCAGGGAGGCCGUCCUGCUGUUGCCCCCUGUCACGAUACCGGGGGAUGCCCGUGAUGUACACACGCUGCCCUGGGCGGAGCGACCUGACCAACGCACCGGCGGGAACGGACAGGCAGCAUUGUGUGUGUGUGGGUGUGCCAGAUGUCUGUACCCACCAGCUCACCUCAUCAGCUGAGUUGCUCUGUCCUCACCCAGACGCCUGAAGAGCCCCCACAAGCAAACCAACAUGUAGGUGCGACUGAUCUGAAGCCUGUCUGUGGGUCCCUCGUGUGCCGCGCCUGACCUGAUGAGAGUGUGUCCGACAAUAAGCUGCACCUCCAUGCACUGGCUGGGGUCCCUGACGCUGCGCCAUGCCUUGCGGCUGUGGCAGAGCUGCUCGCUGGCGGGGGCGUCGUCCUCGUAGGGGUCGGGGGGCGGCACCAGCUCCGCAAACACGAGACGUUUCGACAUCAUCCGCUUGGACGCCACCACAGCCACCUGUGUCAUCCAUGGGAGGCAGAAACGGAGGGAGGGAAGAGGCCAUGCAACCGUGCUGGGAUGAGUGGAUGGCUUCUGUGGCUUGAGUGAGUGGCUGACCAGGUGUAUGGUCUCUGAGAACACGUCGACCGUAGGCAGCCGCGCCACCCUCUCCAUCCUCGUGGUCGCUGUCGUGUUCCCGUCACCUGGCUCGAACCCGUUGACCACCGUGGGUGCACUCACCACACCCUGCUGCUGCUGCUGCUGCUGAGGGUGCUGUGGGGUGAACGUCAUGCCGGUCCACAGCCCGACAGCCGAGGAGCUCGCAGGGAGAGUGAACGAGCUGCUCUCCACAAACGGGUGGUCCUCCACAGUUGCAUCUCCCCCAUUCUCACUCCUGAGAGUGCUGAACACCGCCAAAGCCCCACUGACGCCACUCAUCAGCACCGCUGCCCCUUCCUCUCGCUCGAGCUCUGGCGGAUCGGGCGGCGUUUCUGCCCUCUCUUGAGUCUCAUGUGUUGCGUCUUGUUGCCCCCUAGAGUGUGGUGGUGUCAGGUGAAAAGGCGGCCGCCGGGGAAAAUCGUCAACGGGAUCGCUAGAUGAAGCUUCUGCUACUGGAGCUGCCUCUGGAGCCGCUCCUGGUGCUGCUGGUGGCGGGGGAGGCGGUGGUGACCUGUAUGGUCCGCUGUCGGUGGCUUGCGGCACCGAAUGGGGGACGGAGGAGGAGGGGGGCCGACGGAUGACGUCACGGAUGUCGGCGCGGGUUACCUCGGCCAGCAGCCUGGAACACAACACAGAGGGCUCAUGAGUGUGUCAUGCAUUGAUGCUGUUAGGUCAGUCAUUCGCCUCGUUGCUCACUUUGGCGACAGUUGCAUCCUGAGGUCUGGGUGUGCCGCCCCCGCGUAUACGUAGGCCUCCUGCAUCAGCCGGGUGUCGAUGAGCGUCCUCAGCGGGGUCCGGUGGCCGAAGGGCGGCACAAGGCCCAUCUUGCAUCCAGUGAUGUACUCGGCAUACAGGGGGUCGGCGAGCUUGAGGCUCUCGGGAGCGAUAGACAAAUAAGAGGCUGCACACAUGGCAAGGGGCAAACAGAAGCAUGAGUCAUAUGUGUGUCCGUCUGCUCAUAGCGCGUGUGUGCGUGUGCAUCAUUUGUCAGUCGCUGUGUGUCUUACCAAGACGGUCACGGUCGACGCGGUGGUGGGACGCCAGCACAAUGAGCACAGGACACAUACCCCACUCCUCCACUACAAACACCUGCACACACGAUACGAUACGCACUCUCUCUGUCGCAUGUGACUGCACCGACAUGACUUCGUGCCACCUACCAGUGACUUGGCCCUCUGCCCGCUGCUCACGUCCACCAAGUCCACCUCAGCCGCAUCCAGGAACCUCACAUAGCGCUCCUCAGACUGAGGAGACUCCUCCUCGUCAAACACAUAUGCGAUGCCGUUGCUGUCAAGGAAUCCUCUCAUAAAAUCCGGCAACAGGGCUGCCCGGUCCCUCCACUUGGUUCCCUGCACCGACUGCCGAGCCGCAGGGGACGCUCGCCGCCUCGGCUGCCGAGCCACGUUCGCGUGUGAAGGCAGAAAUGCAAUGACGCCGGAUGGCCGAGAGAACCGCAGCGGCUUCUCGCCUUGCAACGCGGGAAGGAUCAAGAGAAGGAAGAAGCAGAGCAUCAGCGCUGUUCGUGAUGGCGGCACAGGCAGGCAGAUGGCCUUGCAGAUCUUGGUCAUCCGCGUAUGUAACCGCCGCCUCCGUAGGCGAUUCAUCCAUCAAUUACAAGCAGGCUGCAGAUCUCCUCUCC